AUGGCACCAUCAGAAACCCCUUCAGCCGAGGAGCAGCUCAUCUGCGAGCCUCAAGGCGGGGUCCCAAACGCCCCGCCAGACCUUCGCUUCCUACAUUACAAUGAUGUUUACCAUGUCGAAGCCGGAUCUAGAGAGCCAGUUGGAGGUUAUGCGAGGUUUCAGACUCUGGUCAAUUACUACCGGGAUGAUGAGAGGUUCCAAGGGCAGCCAAACCUCUUGACCUUCUUCUCCGGAGAUGCCUUCAAUCCAAGCAUUGAAAGCAGCAUCACCAAAGGCCGUCACAUGGUACCUGUACUCAAUACCAUUGGUACAGACGUGUCUUGCGUUGGUAAUCACGACCUCGAUUUUGGCGUCAAGCAGUACCGCUACCUCACAGGCAAAUGCAAAUUCCCAUGGCUUCUUGCCAACGUUCACGACCCAGCUCUCGGCGACGGUGUACCGCUCGGAAACGCGGAGAAAACAGUUAUCCUCACGGCAUCCAAUGGCAUCAAAGUUGGUGUCAUUGGACUUGCUGAACGAGAGUGGCUCGAUACAAUCAACUCUCUACCACCAGAUAUCAUCUAUAAAAGCGCGUCAGAGACGGCAAAGGAGCUCAUUCCGGGAUUGAGAGAGCAAGGUGCUGAGAUUAUUGUUUGCGUGUCGCAUCAGCGUGAACCAAAUGACAACAAGCUGGCAAAGCAAUGCGGAGGAGAGUUGAUUGACAUAAUCCUCGGUGGCCAUGACCACUACUACUCGUACAGCCUCAUCAAUGGAACGCAGGUACUGAGAUCCGGUACAGACUUCAAGCAACUCUCACAUAUUGAAGCAUGGCGAAGGCCAGAGGGUAAGGGCUGGGACUUUAAGAUUGUGCGACGGGAUGUCGUCGGCAGCAUACCUCAAGACCCACAAGCCAUGGCAUUGGUCGAGGAGCAGACACGAGAGAUUAGGAAGAGGCUGGAUAAGCCUAUUGGAUACACUGCCGCGCCUCUCGAUGCCAGAUUCACCACUGUACGAACAAAGGAGUCAAAUAUAGGCAACUUUGUUUGUGACCUCAUGCGAUACUACUACUCAGCCGAUUGUUGCAUCAUGGCAGCAGGAACUAUCCGGGGUGAUCAAAUCUACCCACCUGGCGUGCUGAAGCUGAGAGAUCUGGUCAACUGCUUUCCGUUUGAGGAUCCUGUCGUUGUUCUCAAAGUCACUGGUAAAGCAAUACGAGAGGCACUGGAGAAUGGUGUGAGCAACUACCCAGCCUUGGAAGGCCGAUUUCCCCAAGUCUCAAAUAUUGUCUUUGAAGCAGACUAUUCACAGCCACCUCACUCGCGCAUCAAGAGCGUUAUGAUUGGCGAGGAGCCAGUGGAUGAGACAAGAGAGUACGUGCUAGCUACGAGGGGGUACAUGGGUCGUGGAAAAGAUGGCUACACAUCCCUCCUGAUCGAAGAAGAAGGCGGCGUCGCCAAAGAAAUCGUAUCCGAAGAGAACGGCGUGCUCAUCUCCACCAUUCUGCGCCAAUACUUCAUGUCGCUCAAAGUCAUGGGCAAAUGGAAGCGCUGGGGCGACUCAAUGAACAACAAAUUCAACUCUAUCCAAACUAACCUCCAGAAAAACCAUGGUCACGCAUUCCACGACCCCUCACCUCGUUCACCAGACAAAUCCACACCCGCUCAGCACCCCAGCAUAAGCAGAGUCGUCGGCCAGUCCAGUCCACCUGAUUCAUCGGAAUCGUCAGACCCGGAUGCCGACGAGGACGAAGACGAUGGACCCUUGGUUGCAGAAGACAAAUCAAAGCCCAUCAAGUUCUCAGACCACCAGAUCGAAAUGAUCCGCCGCGUAAUGCGUAAAUGGUGGCGCGUAGCAGGUCUCAAGGGCAACCCUUCGCUCUGCGAUGAGCUAGGCGGCGGCGAGUUCCAGGUCAAUUGGACACGAGCUAUUGCGCCGAGGUUGGAAGGUAGAAUCAAGGAUGUAGGACCUAGUGUUGCUAUCGAAGCCUGA